AUGAAUAUUAAAGGUGAUACCAUUUCACUAGAAGAAGAAACAACAAAAUCAAUGUUAACAACUGAAGAUAUAUUUAGUACAGAAGACACUGACACAAACAUUAAACAAAUAGAGGAACAACCAUUUAAAAUAUUAAUGGUAGGAGAUGAGGGAGUAGGGAAGACUUGUUUGGUGAGACAAUUUGUUAAUAAGAAGAAUAAAGAAGAUGGAAAGUCUAAUAUUUGUUAUACUAAAAUACUAAAUAUUUCAGGAGAUAAUAUUGCAUUACAAAUUGUUUGUUUUUAUUUUAUUAACUACUUUAAUUUGUUAGAAAAGUCAAAUAAUCAAUAUGUAGUGGGAUUUGAAUCAAAACAACAAGAUACAAUGAUGUCAAGAAGUUACUAUGAAGGAUGUAAUGCUGUCAUUGUAGUAUUUGAUAUUUCUGAUAGAACAACGUAUGAAAGUGUCAAAGGAUGGUUAAAAGAUGUUGGAUAUUAUGCACCUAAAGACAUUAUCAAAUAUCUUGUAGGAAAUAAAACUGAUUUAGCUGCAAAUAGAAUUGUUUCUAGUCAAGAAGCACAAGACCUUGCUAAAAGAGAAGGAUUUGAAUUUAUUGAGACAAGUACUAAAUCAAAUAACAAUGUAGAUAUUUUAUUUCAACAAAUUGGAAGACUAUUAUUUCAAAAGAAUUUAGUAUUGUCAAUAAAUACUCCACAACCAUUUCCUAAAUUAAAGAAGAAAGCAAAGUGUUGUAUUAUUGUAUAA